AUGGAGAUCAGGAGCCAAGAAGUGCAACAGGUCCGAGCCAAUGAGUUUGAGCACAAGAUGGAGCAACUUGAGCAGAGGAUUACCAAUCUGCAGAGAGACAAGGAACAACUACACGUGGAGAUGCAGAAAGUUUGGAAGGGCAGGGAUGAGGAGAUUCAGCGGAUUCGUUCUCAGCAACAGUGGGAGAUGCAGCGGAUUCGUUCUCAGCAAGAGCGCUCCCGAGGGUCCACUACGGCUGGAGAAGUCUUUGCCGGCAAUAUAUUGAGUGCAUUAGCCCUCGGUGGUAUGGCUUUAAUGGUGCGUUGA